AUGAUGGCCCAAGACGCAAAACUCGCACGCGUCCGACAAGGCAACAUGACGCGCUCACGACGACCCCAGAGAGACGUCAGCACCUCACGCUCCGACUCUUCCGCCUCGACCUCGCCAGAGCGCGGCUAUGACGACGAAGACAAGGACUCUAUUAUGAUGCAGUCCAACGACUCGCUGUCAUCGCUCGCGCCUUCACUGUCGCCCGAUUCGGACGACGAGGCUCGCCGGCGGGCCAUCGAAGAGCAGAACCGUAUUUCGCCCGUCUCCCGCCUACCCGCCGAGCUCAUGAUCGCCGUCUUCGCCAAACUCUCCUCUCCCGCCGAUCUUAAGAACUGCAUGCUGGUAUCCAAGACAUGGGCAGGAAACAGCGUCGGCCUGCUCUGGCACCGACCCUCGACCAACAAAUGGGCAAACGUCAAGAGCGUCAUACAAACCGUACAGACUGUAAACAGCUUCUUCGACUACAGCAGUUUGAUCAAGCGGCUCAACAUGUCCGCCCUGGGCGGCGAAGUCAGCGACGGCACACUGAAGCCUCUUUCAAGUUGCAAGCGCGUCGAGCGCCUCACGCUGACCAACUGCACCAAGCUGACCGACCUGAGUCUCGAGGCCAUGCUAGAGGACAAUCGCUACAUACUCGCUCUGGAUGUCACAAAUGUCGAGUCCAUCACCGACAGGUCAAUGCUUGCCCUGGCCAAACACGCAGUCCGCCUGCAGGGUCUCAACAUCACCAACUGCAAGAAGAUAACAGACGAUUCGCUCGAGGCUGUUGCCAAGAACUGCCGACAUCUGAAGCGUCUCAAGCUGAACGGAUGCUCUCAGCUCAGUGACAGGAGUAUCAUUGCUUUCGCUAGGAACUGUCGUUACAUUCUCGAAAUCGACCUUCACGAUUGCAAGAAUCUCGAUGAUGCCUCCAUCACUACCCUCAUCACCGAAGGUCCCAACCUCCGCGAGUUACGGUUAGCUCACUGCUCCAAGAUCACCGAUCAGGCCUUCCUUCGUCUUCCAGCCGAGGCUACAUACGACUGCCUGCGUAUCCUAGAUCUUACCGGCUGCGACGAACUACAAGAUUCUGGCGUUCAGAAGAUAGUCUACGCAGCUCCGCGACUCCGCAACCUGGUCCUCGCCAAAUGUCGCAACAUCACUGACAGAGCCGUCAUGGCCAUCACCCGUCUGGGCAAAAACCUUCAUUACAUACAUUUGGGACACUGCUCGCGUAUUACAGAUGUCGGCGUUGCGCAGCUAGUUAAGCUAUGCAACCGCAUACGAUACAUUGAUCUCGCAUGUUGUACCGCUCUCACCGAUGCUUCAGUCAUGCAACUCGCUGCUCUUCCCAAGCUCAAGCGCAUUGGCCUGGUCAAGUGUGCAGCCAUCACAGAUCGUAGUAUACUCGCACUGGCCAAGCCCAAGCAGAUUGGAUCCAGCGGACCUAUCGCACCAAGCGUGCUUGAGAGAGUGCAUCUUAGCUACUGCACCAACCUCUCCUUGGCCGGCAUCCAUGCGCUUCUCAACAACUGCCCCCGCCUGACGCAUCUUUCGCUCACCGGCGUCCAAGCUUUCCUUCGCGACGACCUUCUCGCCUUCUGCCGUGAAGCACCUCCGGAGUUUAACGAUCAUCAGCGGGAAGUCUUCUGUGUCUUCAGCGGUGUUGGUGUACAACGCCUUCGCGCCUUCAUGAACGCCAACGGUGCACAUGAUGUUGACAACGAGGAAGACCCUUUCACUCUCAACGACGGCACCAUGUACCACGAGGACGAAGACGGUGAUAACAUGGUUGUGGUUACAGCACAAGCGAACAUAAUGGCUAUUGAUGAGGAAGACGAAUUCGGCAACGACAGUGAAAUGGCAGGGCAAGACUAG